CCGACUUCAACUAACCCCUGCCAGUUAUCAAGUCGGACAUAUCAGAGUUUCCUAGUUCCAACUAGCGCAUGAACACAGCAUUAAUGCUGAGUUCAAAAUAACCAGGUUCUCGAGUUGGAAUUCCUUGUUGGAUGUCUUUUCACAUCGAUUUUUCCCAGUUGGAGCUCUUUUUUUUCCGAGUUCGCAGUUGUUUUGAAAGCACGGAAGUCAAAAGUCUGAGGUUUCCGAUUUCCCAGUUCCCGAGUUGUUUUGAACGCGGCAAUAUGCCCUAAUUUGCCGUUCUCCGACGCCAUCACAGACCAGCCCCCUUUACUGAGGUGUUAUUUUUGUCAAGUUCAAUGUAUAUCUGUUGCGCCUUCUAAGAGUAAAGAUGAACUUAGUAGAUGUGUUGAGAAAUGCGUUUACAUUUAUAUAUAAGAAAGCCCAGCUCUGGGCUGUAGGUGGUGGUAUUACUGUUGUCGCACUUGGUCUUGGAUAUAAGUUUUUACUAAGGCCUAAUAAACUUAACCGUGUGGGAGUUGUGUCACAGCUACUCAUUCACCCACUGAAGUCGGGUAGAGCUGUGUCCGUGGCCCUUGCAGAAUGUCAACCGAUCGGGUUGAAGUACGGUGAACUUCGAGAUCGGCACUGGCUGGUGAUCACUGAGGAUGGCCACAUGGUGACGGGAAGGCAAGAGCCUCGCCUGGUGCUGGUGUCGUUGACCAGUAAGGGGGGACAGAUGUGUCUGAAUGGACCCGACAUGAAGCAGCUGAGGUUCCCUGUUCUGCAGCCUGACAAUCCCAUCAUCAACUGCAGGGUGUUUAGCAGUGACAUCCAAGGCAGGGACUGUGGCGACGAAGUGUCUCACUGGCUCACCAGCUACCUGGCUGCUGGAAAAACCUUUCGCUUGGUGCACUUUGAGCCCCACAUGAAGCCCAGGAGGCCAGCAGAGACAGAGUCUCUCUAUCCUCAGUGGGAAAAGAUUGCGUACCCCGAUUGUGGCCCGAUAAUGUUGCUGUCUGAAGCCUCUGUGAAGGAUCUAAACAGCAGGCUGGAGAAUGACGUCACAGUUGCACGCUUUCGACCAAAUGUCAUUGUGAGCAGUUGCGAAGCCUUUGAUGAGGAUUCUUGGGAAGACAUCCAGAUUGGUGAUGUGCGGAUGCACCGCGUGAUGGCGUGCGGAAGGUGCAUCUUCACCACGGUCGACCCUGAAACAGGGGUCAUCAGUAGGAAACAGCCACUGGAGACACUAAAAAACUACAGGCUGUGUGAUGAAGCCGAGAAGCACAUCUAUAAGACAUCGCCACUGUUUGGACAGAUGUACACCGUCAGCAAGACUGGGAUCCUGCAGGUUGGAGAUGUGGUGUACAAGAUGAGCCACUGAGAUGGAUGGAGGACUUAUCCACAGUUCCAGUCUGUUUGUGCUAUCAUGACAAUUCCUUGUCAUGUCUGGCUUGACAAGGACAUCAAUGGAGUGGGGAAAAAGCACACACAUAUCUGGGAGCAGCCUUUGUAAAGGUCACAGUGUUUCCUGUCACAAAAUAAAGUAAAGGUUAAAAUAAGCCUUUUUUGCCAGAUCAGAUAUGAUUAUUAAAUGUUAAUAGAAAUAUGAAAAAUAAAUUCCGCACACUUUGAACAUUAUAGAUGGGUUUUACGUUCUAUAUUGUAUGAGCACAAAUACUUGCAACAUUUAUCAUGAGUCUGAUGAAGGCCAUUGACUGCCAAGAUGUCACAAUUUGUAAUAUUUAGAAAAAUAAAGUACCACAUUUUUAAUUGCGA